UCCAAUCAUCAGUUCACUUCCAUCAGCAAGUAGAUCUACAACACUAACAUGAAGACCAUUUUCGUUCUUGCUGCAUUGGUAGCUAUCGCCACCGCCUCGGCCAUUCCUGAUUCUCGUGCCCUGAAGGAUGACUUCCAGGAGUUUGUCGAUCUCGUUCCCGUAGACAAACUGGUCAACGUUGCUCUGCAAUAUCUCGUCAGCGAUAAGGAGUUCAAGGAAUUCUUCGGAUACCUACAGGGAGAGGAAUUCUCCGCCGUUUGGGAUCAGUUCUUCGCUCUGAAUGAAGUCAAGGAUGUGCUGAACUACCUGGAGGCUGCAGAUCUGGCUGUGUACGAUGCGUUGAACACGGUUGCUGAUUUCCUUGGACUGCACCACGUUAAGCCAACCGUCCACACCUUGAGAACUGGAGGAUUGACCGGAUUCUUCGACGAAACGGUUGCUUUAUUGCCUCUGGAUAAGUUUGAAGCGCUGUUUGAAGAGAAACUGAAGACCAGCCCCGAGUUCAAGGCUUUCUUCGAGAAGCUACGCAACCUGGAUUACCAGAAGUUUGUCGAUUUUCACAAUAACUCCAAGGAAGUCCAAGGCUUCCUGCAGAAGCUGCGAAGCUACGGACUCGAUGUGGAUGGCUUCUUCAAUCUCGUUGCCGGUUUCUUCGGCUGGGGAAAAUUUUAGAAUUGAACAAUUAAAUUAGCUGAAAGUGAUUGAACAAAAUGCAAUGACAAAACAUUUUUUUUAGAUCUUAUGCAUUCUGAAUUAUUAUGCUUUAUAUUAAAGGUUGUUAUGCUUUA